CAACAACAAUACAACGACCGUGUACCUGAACGAUGUGAACCGUGAUGUACGAUCGCUGAGGAGGACGACGACGACGACGAGAAGAAGAAGAAAGUGGCUCGGGAGUACGUAAUAUAAUAAGCUCGAAACACUGAGAGACACGGCGACGUUAACGAAGUAAAUAGUAUAACAGGAGGAGUCGGUCUCUGACCGAACUAGUGAAGUGCAACACUUUGGAAAACUCUCUCUCUCUCUCUCUCUCUCUCUUGGUACGGUAAACAAACGUGGAAAUAAUAAACAGAUACCGCGAGACCGUGGUUAUAACAGUGACUUGCUCUCCGCUCACCGUGUGCAACGCGCUCACAUGUCGUCGUCAAAGGUGCGAUGCGGCGAAUCCUGAGUUUGAGGUAAAAGGUGCGGGUUAAAUGGUAAUGGCGCUUGUCCCACAAACAAGAACGACCCUCCUCCGCGCAUCGGAUCAACAUAUUAUUCGGCGUUAGUUUAUCCGCGAGGAAAGUGUCGCGCGAGGCGAAGGCUCAUUGGCGUUUGUUUCACCGGGGCCAACCGGCCCCCACCCCUCCCCCUCAUCCAUCCAUCCAUCCAUCCCGCCCACCCACCCUGCCAGCCGGCGCGAUAAAAGAUAGAAAUAAGUGAAAUUCAAAGUUUGAUAUCCCCGACUUGGCACGCGCUGAGAGAUAAAUAGCGACGAAGCUGAAAUUUUCGAUUCGAGGAUAGAAACGGAUGAUUUGUUCCGGUGGUCAGUGUGACAGGAUAAUAAAAAAGGGGCGGAUUAUAAUCGCGGUGUCUUCUUCCUCGGUUACUUACUUGCUUCCUUCCUCCCUUUCAGUCUGUCUGUCCGUCCGUCCGUCCGUCCGUCCGUUCUUCCGCCUCUCUCCCUCAGUCGACACACACACACACGCGUGCACAAACACACACUUGGGAGCUACAACUCGUCGCUCGGCUCCUCCACUUCCUUCCUGUGUUGUACACCUACCUUCCUCUCUUCUCUCCGCCUCUCGAGAGCUGUUAAUAAUCCUCUCGGCGCCACAUGCAUAAAUCGAGAAAAUAACAAUACACAUAUUUAUUCAAUCACCGUCGUCGUUCCGUCGCCGACGACGCUAAGUUUGUCUUCCCCGCUCGGUGCACAAGACGAGAAGAAGAAGAAAGUGAGGAUAAAAGGACGAGAGAGGGUGUCCGAAGACUUUUAAAUCUAAAUCUUCAGUCAACGACGUAUCCCACCAACGAACCAACCAACCAACGAACCUACCUACAACCUACACACGGAAGCAUACGUCGUGUGGCUGGGCAGCAGCAACGGCAGAACUCUCGAUACUCGCACCACGCGAGUAUAUAUCCACACUGUGCGUGCAUCGGCAGCAGCAGCAACAGCAGCCCAAGUCUCUCUCUCGGGCAUGUUGUCCGAGGAAAAGUCGAUGGCAAUCAAGAGAGGAAACCUCCUCGUCGAGCCCGCCGUCGCCGCCGCCGCCGUCGGAUCGGGACGUCCGUCAAUCACCGCCGGCACGAACCGAUUCCUCGCCAGACUUUCAGGGAGGCGACGGCACGUGCGGAAGACAUCGGGAGGAACACCCGCCGCCGGCAACGAAGUGGAGGUGGAGGUGGCGAAGGAUGAGGAGGAGGAGGAGGAUGAGGGGGAUGACGAUGAGGAGGAGGAGGAGGAGGAGGAGGAGGGAGAGAGGCGCGCAGCCUGCUGCGGCAGCAACGGCACCCUGGUGCACCAGGAGCAGCGAGGAUCGAGGGGCGAGGAUGCGGAGCGAGGGAGAAACACGAGGACGACCACCCUUACUAAUUCUACGAGCCUUAAACCCAGGCACGACGUCAGAGAUGACCGCGAUGCCUGCAACGAAACCAACGCCUCUUUUUCAUCGAGGACGAGAGGAGUUACCUGUCGGAUACCAACCUAUGUUGCUACCUUCGUACUUAUCGUCAGCUACUCGCUGUUCGGUAUCGCAGAUGCAUGCUCGUCACGGUCUACGCCAAAGCCACGACCACCGACGCCGACGCCUCGACCCAAUAUCACAUUCCACAUGUACAAGUGUCCGGAUGACUACGCGCAAUGGUAUUGUCUGAACGGAGCUACUUGUUUCACCGUUAAAAUCGCCGAUUCGGUUCUCUACAAUUGUUUAUGUGCGAACGGAUAUGUCGGGGAAAGAUGCGAGUUCAAGGAUCUGGAUGGUUCCUAUUUACCUUCGCGGCAACGUGUGAUGUUGGAAACUGCGAGCAUAGCGGGAGGCGCCACCAUAGCAGUAUUUUUGGUUGUUAUUAUUUGCAUAGCUACGUACAUCCACUGUAAACGUAAACAAAAAGAGCUGCGCACCAGCAGUAACUGUGUGGACACCGUCGACGGACCGGGUCGGGAUCCGGAGCUCAGGCCUUUCAGUAACCAUGGUCGAUCCCUCAGGAUUUUCAUGGCGAAAAAUUCCAAUCACAUUAACGGGAGUCCUUCCAUAGAACAAACUAAAAUGCCGGAAUGGAAUUACUUGUCAACCGAAUCGACGAGAAUGGCAUCGAUAAGCGAAGGGAAACGGUCAAACAAUCAGUAAGGGAAAUUUAAAAAGAAAAACUGAAAAGUUUCUUCCGGCGCUUAGUUAUAAAGCUGCCUUACGAUAAACUCUGUGAAGAAAACCAAAAAGUGCUACGACUGCUGCAACACUCACUUCUCGUGUUUGUUUCCUCCGCAUCUCUACGUUGCUGACUUUUACAGAUCAGAACAUAGACUGUCCCUUCGAUAUGCAAUCAGCGGACGACCAAAACAAUAAUCAUACGCGCGCAUGCUCUAAUCAGUGACCAAAUAAUUGUUAAUUAUAAUAAUUAUAUCGAAGCGCGCAGAGGUUUCUUUUUUUCUACUUCUGUAUCGAGAGUGUUAGUCCGGAACAAAAAAAAAAAAAAAAGUGAU